AUUAAAGUUUGAACCUGCAGCCCCACAGUUCCAGAAAACAAAACAUGAGCUCAUCCGAUACAGAAACACUGUCACUCCGUGACAUGCACCAGACCAAGCCAUACCAACCUUCGCUCACCGAAUCUUUUCAUGCCGGCGACGGUCUUCUUGAAAACCAAGAUGAACUUCUGAGGUAUGAAAGUAAUGUCGACCUUGCCAGAACUCUUUCUAGAAAACUUACCGGGGCAGAAGAAUUACUUAAUGAAGCAAAAAAACUUAGCGAUGAACCAUUACCUUCCAUGGGUGGUGACAGACCCUACCCGCCAAUGUUACCUGAUCGUUCCCCAUAUUCCGUCGGUUAUGACGGUCCUUUGGACCCGUUACAUCCUCAUAAUUAUCCUGUUUGGAAAAAGAUAUUGUUUUGCGCCAGUGUAGGGAUGGCAGCACUUUCAGUCUCUAUGGGAUCAGCCAUGUUUGCCGAAGCAUCACAAGAUUUAAUGGAAAUAUACGGUAUUGGGAUAUCGGUAGCAGCAUUGACUACUUCCCUUUUCGUUUUUGGGUUUGCAUCAGGACCUGUUCUUUACGGUCCUCUUUCCGAAUUAUAUGGUAGAAAAAUAAUUAUGGUUAUCAGUUGUUUGGGGUAUGUUUGUUUUUCAUUUGCUGUGGCAACCGCUAAGGAUUUACAAACUAUUAUGAUUUGUCGUUUCUUUGCUGGGUUUAUUGGUGCUGCUCCUUUAGUUGUUGCCCCUGCAGUCAUGGCAGAUUUGUUUUCGGCUAAGAUUAGAGGUACUGCUAUCUCUAUUUUUGCCAUGAUUUUAUUUGGUGGGCCAAUGUUGGCGCCAAUCAUUGGUGGAUUCACUGUCAAGAACCCUGAUAUGGGAUGGAGAUGGACCUCUUACUUGUGUGGUAUAAUUGGAUGUGCUGCUCUUGUCAUGAACACUUUUAUUUUAGAAGAAACCCAUCAUCCAAUUAUUCUUGUUCGUAAAGCGGAAAUGUUGCGUCGUCGUACCGGUAACUGGGGGAUUUACGCACCACAUGAAGAACUUACAUUAUCCCUUAAGGAAAUUGUCGAAAAGAAUAUUGCUAGACCAAUGAAGUUACUUUUCACCGAACCAAUCAUUUUACUUAUCUCCAUUUAUAAUGCCUUCAUCUACGGUAUGCUUUACAUGUUCCUUACUGCCAUCCCAUUGAUCUUUUCUGUUAACUACAGAUUCUCACCAGGUGUCGCUGAACUUCCAUAUAUCUCCAUGCUUAUUGGUGUCUUUACUGGUGGGUUGAUUAUCAUCUAUUUCGAACGUCGUUACAACAUCGCCAUGGAUAACAAUGGUGGAAGACCACUUGCCGAAGAGAGAUUACCACCAAUGAUGAUUGGAUCAGUCACGUUUGUGAUUGGUAUUUUCUGGUUAGGUUGGACCGGUUCAUACCCUGAACACGUGCAUUGGAUUGUCCCUACUAUUGGUGCUGCCUUUGUUGGUAAUGGGUUAAUUUUAAUCUUCUUGCCAUGUAUGAACUACAUCAUUGAUUGUUACUUGUACUUGGCUGCAUCCGCUUUGGCCGGUAACACCUUCUUGAGAAGUAGUUUUGGUGCUGCAUUCCCAUUGUUCUCGAUGCAAAUGUUUGUCAAUAUGAAGAUUCAAUGGGCAUCCACCUUGGUUGGGUGUAUUGGUGUGGCGAUGAUCCCAGUGCCUUUCUUGUUUUACAAAUAUGGUAAGAAGAUCAGAGAAAAGAGUAAGUUCGCGAUGUAAAUAGACUAAUACCUUAAUAGAAUACCUAAUAAACAAUAAUUAUUUUAAUCAAGUCUACAAGAGGGUAGCAUUGAUUGAU